ACAACAUGUCUCCACAGCAGCAACAGGACAGUCUCAGCCGAGGCGGAGGACAGCAGGAAAACAAACGGCGGCUGAAGUGUCAGAGUUAUCGCCGUCAGUCUGCUCCGUCUCUGGUCAUCACCAAGGCUCUCACCAGGUCCAAGACUCUCUCCAGAGAGAGCUUCCUGGUUCCUGUGUGUCCAGAGACCUGUCCAUUGGUCCAGUCCUUUCUCGGCGGCUCCGACAGGUCGUUUCUCCUCCACGGACACGCGCAGCUGAAGACGGGGAUGCAGACUCAGGACCGACACCUCUUCCUGUUCACCGACAUCCUGGUCAUCGCCAAAGCCAAGUCAGCCAACCACUUCAAGCAGAAGGCACAGGUGUGUGUGUGUGAGAUGUGGACGGCAGGCUGCAUGGACGAGGUGUGUGAGGGAAGCACCAACCCCGACAGGAGCUUUGUCAUGGGCUGGCCCACCUCCAACUGUGUUGCAACAUUUAGCUCCACGGAACAGAAAGAGAGAUGGCUCUCCACCCUCAGAAGUCGGAUAAAAGAAGAGAAAGAGAAGGAGGAGCCUAAGACCAUCCCUCUGAGAGUGUACGGGAAGGGAAUCAACACUUUUGCUGUUACCAAGACGCUUCCUGUCAGCAACUCAGACUCGACCAAUGAGGUGAUCCGACUGGCUCUGCAGCAGUUCGGCAUCAUAGGAAAUGUGAAAGACUUCCAGUUGUGGGUCAUCUCCAAGAGGGACAACACCCCCUAUCCUCUGAUAGGUCAUGAGUUUCCCUUCAGCAUCCAGAUGAGCCAUGUGAGACACAACACGUCCCAGGGUGGCGGUGGCGGCGGUGGAGGCAGGGACGCCGCCGCACCGCCUGCGGACAGACAGAAGGCCAUGCAGGUGGAGCAGCUGCAGGUGUACAAGCAGUGCCAGUUCAUCCUGAAGCCACGGCCUGUUGAAACGCUGCAACAGCACUUACCUGCAGACUGGUGUCAGAAGCCGUUUAAAAGGAGGCGCUCCCUCAUCACCUGGGCCUUCUGGCGAGGCUCCUCCUCUCACCUGAACGAGCUGUCCCUCGCCAGCGCGCCCCGCGGCUGCCUGUUCGCCCGGCCGCUCAGCUCCGUCUGUGUGGAGGACGCUCUGCCAAAGCCGGUCAUGGACAUGUUGGCGUUUCUGUACCACGAAGGUUCGUGGACACGGGGGAUCUUCCGGCGGCCGGCGGGGGCUCGGGCGGUCAGGGAGCUGCGGGACUCUCUGGACGCCGGCGUGUUUCAACUUCCUCUGACACGUGAACACGUCUUCAUCAUAGCCGGAGUCUUUAAGGAUUUCCUGCGCAGCAUCCCGGGCAGCUUGCUGUGCUGUGAGCUGUAUGAAGAAUGGAUGGAUGUUCUGGAGGAAGAGGAGGAGGAGAAAGAACAGGUGCAGGACAUAAAGAGGAUGACCUGUCGGCUGCCCAAAGAGAACGCCCUGCUGCUGCGCUACCUGUUGGCCGUGCUGCACGGUAUCCGGGGAAACGCCCACGAGAACCAAAUGACGAGUUUCAACUUAUCGGUGUGCAUUGCUCCCAGCAUGCUUUGGCCUCCCGGAGCGCCUUGCAGCCCCGAGGUGGAGGGAGAAGGAGCUAAGAAGGUUUGUGAGCUGGUGAAGUUCAUGAUUGAACACUGUCAGCAGAUUCUAGGAGAGGAGCCCUCCUCUCUGUUCGGAGGGCCGCCGCAGAGACGCAACGAUGACGAGAUGGGAUCAGACUGGAUUUACCCUCUGACCGACUCGUCCUACGACAGUCUGGAGAACGAGUUGGACAACAGCAGUGGGGGGUCGCCCGGUUUCUGCAGCAGAGACCACCUCCGAGCUAAACCGCUUCAGGGCAGCCUGGACUCCAUCCUCACCUUUAGUGACUACGACCAGGACACAGACGCAGAAACACGCCGCAGCCAAACCGACAAUCUGCACGGUCUGAACUUACACCCGCUGGAGAGAACCAGAGGCAAGAGACAGGACCCAGACCUGUCCAGCCCCAGCCCGGCCUCACCGACCGCGGACACCUCCGCCACCCUGGACUCUCUGUGCCUGGACGGUCUGCGCAGACAGAGGCGGCGCUCCGAGCCGGCUAUAGCAUACAUGGCCAAGUUUCGCCCGUGUGUUUUGGGGAGUACCGAUGGUCUGACCGGUGAGGAUGAGGAUGGCGAAGAGGAGCUCUCCAAGAAGCCCAGCAGCCACACGCUCGCUCGCAUAUACUCCAGAGGUCAGACCAGGAUAGGAAGAGAGUCUGGGUCAAAGCUGUAUGGUGGGAGGACAGCAGCUCUGGAGGCCAGCUCCUCCAGCCUCUCCUCAACCCCCACCUCCCCUGCACCAACCCGCUCCUCCCUCGACUCCCUGGACUCCAUCAGCAGUGACCACACCUGUGCGACCAGACGGGGGCUUGUACCGCCCAAGACACACCUGCCCUCCAACUGCACCUCUGUGUCGUCUGCAACCUUCACCAUCAGCUCUGCGCUGACCUCCAGUGGAUCUCCAGACCUGGGGACUACUACAAAAGACUCCCCACCCAAAGAACCACUCAACUGGGGGACUUUAAAAGGCUGCAGGGGCCUCCACCCGAACUCCUGGCUAAAGAAGGGCCGUCGACUGUCACUGACCCAACAAGACAACUUAGAGAAAGAGGAGGAGGACAAGACUGGGGGAGCAGCCACUGACAAGAUGCUCACACUUGGGAAACUUGCCCCAGAGAAAGGAGGAGGAAAGCUGAACUCCAGCAGCCAACAAAAGCCAAAAGUGUCCUGCAGAGCCACAAAAGACACAGGAGGAGGAGGAGGGGGAGGGGGAGGCCACGUGAAGGGGAGGCCUGGCCAUGAACCCCAAAAGCCCCGAUAUCUUAAACAGGACUCACACAGCCCCCCUGCUCACCACCGCUCUACAGGGAGCCUCCAUUUCCCCAAACCCCCCUGGCUCCAUUCCUCAGACUCCCCGCCGGCAGUCGGCGACGUCACAGGAAGUGGAGUGAACGAGCUGAAGCAGCCAUCACCGUCUCUGUUUUACAAGCAGAGCGGGCCGUCUCUGUCCCUGUUCAAGCGACACAAGUCUCACUCUGUGGAGGAGGAGGGGAAAGCCCGGCUCAACCAGCGCCGGGGGUCAGAACCUGGACGCCAGGUUGUGGAGCAAACCGCCACCCUGAGCCGGGCGAGGCUGCCCAGCGACCCGGGACUGAAGGUGUCGGAGGUGGAUCCACAGGGAGAGCCGUCGGAGACCCGUUUCUGCCUCUCCCCCUACGCCACCAAAGCAGUGAGGGACUACUUCUCCUCGCACCCACGCAGUAACCCCAAGAGCAGCCAGCAGGUGGCGCUCGCCCUGGUGGAGAGUCGCAGGGAGUGGCUGAAGAGAUGCAACGAUCCCACAUCUGAGCCCGACUUUGAUCAGCUCCUGUUUGCUGAAGAGUCCUAUGUCUGACUCUAAAUAAAAGCACAACAGAGAUCACUUCACAGAGUAACGAUGGACGCUGGAGAUGAACGACGUCUCUGCUGUUUUCAGCUUAAGGAUGUAAAUGUUGCAGCUUUCAAAAACACACACACAUCUUUAACGUUUCCUUGCUUCAUUACAAGCCAGAGUUCAAAGGACAGCUCGCAUUAGACCUCAACACACACCGGCCUCUGUAGGGUUUAAUACCUUGAGCUAUUUGAAACCAUGCAGUACAUUAUAAUACGUUUUACCUUUCUAUUUGUUCUAACAAGACAAACAGAGAGAGAGAGAAGACUGGACGCUUUUUUCCAUUAAAAGAAAUGCUACAGAAAGUUAAUUAGUCUAAACAGAUGGAUUGAUCAGAUUGGUUAAGUAAUGUCACUUUUUUUUUUUUUUUUUUAAACUGUAUCAGGCCAAAGUUAAAACCUGCCAAUUUAAAAACUACCUGGUGUUGCCUUCUCUAAUUAAUGACUGCUCGUUGCAUUGGCCAGAAGAUAAUCUGAGCUCUCAUCAACUGAAUUAUUAUAAAGGUUUAAUUAUUGGAAAUAUACACUAUCUCCUACAAAGCAUAAAUUUUACUAUGGGAUGGUUAAAGAUUACUUGCACAUUGAUUACUUCCAUUAUUACAUAAGACACUUUUAAUAGGCCAACACAACUUUUCACGCUAUGUAACCAUCGUACGUUUUUCAAACAUUGGCAGUGCAUAUUUAGAUUAUAAUAUCUCCAGGAAUCUAUAAGUUUGUGUGAUUAUUCCCUAUUGAUGCUUUUAAACUGCUUCUUUGUGAAACUGUGCCGCUUUUUUGCCAACAGUAGUUACUCAACACUUCUCCGGUAUCAUUAAACUGACGUAUGUAGAUGCCACUGACGACGUUCGCAGUGAGUAUUUUUCUUCACUACUACAUUUUAAAAGCUUCUGAGCAUUAGCACUGACACGUGUUGAAGCACACACGUGCAGUAGUACUAUUUGGAGGUUUGAUCUUUGUUUUCUACGUUGCCAAGAAUGUGGUUUUCACAAAGCCUGUAUUGAUUAGAAUUAGCGACAUGCGUCUUGUCCCAUUGUUUAUAUUUUGUAAAUAUGAUCAAUCCACCGGGUACAUUGAUGUUUUUCAAGCUUUAUAAUUUUACGCAGCUAAAAACUUUGUUUAAAUAGGCCAUGAGAUUGUUGCUUUCUUAUAUUGUGUCUUUACGAUGUAAUGUAUCCGCACACUGUGUUAAUAAGAUUAAAACUCUGCUUUUGCAAAUUAAAUGAGCUACGAGUGAAAAGC